CGCACGCGUGCUACGACAGUAGAGCGGAUCCGUUUCAAUGAAAGGCUUUGCGUUUUUACUCCCCCCCUCCCCCCCGACACCGAUAAAUUAAAAAAAAAAACAACAACAACAACAACAGCAGGCCUGGGGUUUGUAUUUCGGAGUGUGCUUUUCGCCGUCCCGUUGAGUUGGCUGCAGCGAUGAGCGCAGGAGAGGGACUGGAUGAGGCUGGGAAGGACGCGGCGGACAUAGCGGCGUUUUUCAAAUCCGAUUGCCCCCUUCCAAAAUGUGAACCCAAACUGGACGUCCCGGGCCAGAUGUCAGGGUUUCACCGCAAUGAGGAUAUGAAGGCCAUUGAUGUUCUUCCCAUCCUCAAGGAGAAGGUUGCCUUCCUCUCAGGGGGCAGAGACAGGCGGGGAGGUCCUGUCCUCACCUUUCCAGCACGGAGCAACCAUGACAGAAUACGAUCCGAGGACCUGCGGAGGCUCAUAGCCUACCUCGCCACCAUCCCCAGUGAGGAGGUGGCCAGACAUGGCUUCACGGUCAUCGUGGACAUGCGUGGCUCUAAGUGGGACAGCAUCAAGCCGCUGCUGAAGAUCCUGCAGGAGUCUUUUCCCUCUUGCAUCCACGUCGCCCUCAUCAUCAAGCCAGACAACUUCUGGCAGAAGCAGAGGACUAACUUUGGCAGCUCCAAGUUUGAAUUUGAGACGGUCAUGGUCUCUUUAGAGGGUCUGACCAAGAUAGUGGACCCCUCCCAGCUGACAGCUGACUUUGAAGGCAGCCUGGAGUACAACCACGAUGACUGGAUUGAGGUGCGUCUCUCCUUUGAGACCUUUGCAGGCGACGCGGCACGGGCCCUGUCACGUCUCGAGGAGCUCCAGGAGACGCUGUCUCAGCGUGACCUCCCGCGGGACCUGGAGGGGGCUCGCCGGCUCAUGGAAGAGCAUGCCGCAUUGAAGAAACGGGCCACCAAGGCCUCUGUGGAGGAGCUGGACACCCAGGGACGAAGGCUGCUGCAGAGGCUGCAGACACAAACCGGCGGGGUCGGUAGUGGCGGAGAAGGAGGGUAUGAUGCCCAUGACCUGAUAGCUAAAGUGACGGGUUUGUUGGAUAAGUUGCACGGGAUGCGUCAGCACCUGCAGCAGCUGUGGCACAUGAGGAAGCUGAAGCUGGACCAGUGUUUCCAGCUGCGCCUGUUCGAACAGGACGCCGAGAAGAUGUUUGAUUGGAUCAUGCACAACAAGGGUCUGUUUCUGACCAGCUACACAGAGAUCGGCGGGAACCAUCAGCACGCUGUCGAGCUGCAGACCCAGCACAACCACUUCGCUAUGAACUGCAUGAAUGUGUAUGUGAACAUCAACCGGAUCAUGUCUGUGGGGAACCGUCUGCUGGAGUCUGGUCACUACGCCUCCCAGCAGAUCCAGCAGAUCUCAGGUCAGCUGGAGCAGGAGUGGAAGGCGUUUGCUGCGGCGCUGGACGAACGCAGCACGUUGCUUGAGAUGUCCGCUAGCUUCCACCAGAAAGCAGACCAGUACAUGAGUAAUGUAGAGCCAUGGUGUAAGGCAUGUGGUGAAGGAGAAUUGCCCUCAGAGCUCCAGGACCUGGAGGAUACCAUCCACCACCACCAGGGACUGUAUGAACACGUCACCACAGCAUACUCCGAGGUAAGCCAAGAUGGUAAGUCUCUAUUGGACAAGCUGCAGCGACCUCUGACCCCAGGUAGUGCUGAUUCGUUGACAGCGUCGGCCAACUACUCCAAAGCAGUGCACCAUGUUCUGGACAUCAUUCAUGAGGUGUUGCACCACCAGAGACAGCUGGAGAACAUCUGGCAGCAUCGCAAGGUCCGCCUGCACCAACGCCUGCAGCUCUGCGUGUUUCAGCAGGACGUACAGCAGGUGCUGGACUGGAUAGAAAACCAUGGUGAGGCCUUCCUUAGUAAGCACACGGGCGUGGGGAAGUCUUUGCACAGAGCCAGGGCCCUGCAGAAAAGACAUGAAGACUUUGAAGAAGUGGCCCAGAACACCUACACCAACGCCGACAAGCUGUUGGAGGCGGCAGAGCAAUUGGCUCAGACCGGCGAGUGCGACCCGGAGGAAAUUUACCAGGCAGCACACCAGUUAGAGGACCGCAUUCAGGACUUUGUACGACGCGUGGAGCAGCGCAAAGUCCUGCUAGACAUGUCUGUCGCUUUCCACACACACGUUAAAGAGCUAUGGACGUGGUUGGAGGAGCUUCAGAAGGAGCUAUUGGAUGAUGUGUACGCGGAGUCCGUGGAGGCGGUGCAGGACUUGAUCAAGCGGUUUGGCCAGCAGCAGCAGACCACCCUGCAGGCUACUGUUAAUGUCAUAAAGGAGGGAGAGGACUUGAUACAGCAGCUCAGAGACUCAGCCAUCUCAAGCAAUAAGACUCCACACAACAGCUCCAUGGCCCACAUCGAGAGUGUCCUGCAGCAGCUGGAUGAGGCCCAAGGCCAGAUGGAGGAGCUCUUCCAGGAGAGGAAGAUCAAACUGGAGCUCUUCCUCCAGCUCCGCAUCUUUGAGAGGGACGCCAUUGAUAUCAUCUCGGACCUGGAGUCAUGGAACGAGGAGCUGUCCCAGCAGAUGAACGAGUUUGACACGGAGGACCUGACGCUGGCUGAGCAGAGGCUGCAACACCACGCCGACAAGGCCCUCACCAUGAACAACCUCACCUUCGAUGUCAUCCACCAGGGGCAGGAGCUUUUGCAAUACGUCACAGAGGUCCAAGCCUCUGGUGUAGAGCUGCUGUGCGACAGAGAUGUGGACAUGGCCACGCGUGUCCAGGACCUGCUGGAGUUUCUUCAUGAGAAGCAGCAGGAGCUGGACCUGGCAGCAGAGCAGCACAGGAGACACCUGGAGCAGUGUGUCCAACUUCGACAUCUGCAGGCUGAAGUUAAACAGGUACUGGGUUGGAUUCGAAAUGGAGAAUCCAUGCUAAACGCUGGCCUGAUCACAGCCAGCUCCUUACAAGAAGCCGAACAACUGCAAAAGGAACAUGAACAAUUUCAGCAUGCUAUAGAGAAAACCCAUCAGAGUGCUCUGCAGGUUCAGCAGAAGGCAGAGGCCUUACUCCAGGCGAACCACUAUGACAUGGAUAUGAUUAGAGACUGUGCAGAGAAGGUGGCAGACCACUGGCAGCAGCUGAUGCUCAAAAUGGAGGAUAGACUGAAGCUGGUCAAUGCUUCCGUGGCCUUCUACAAGACCUCAGAACAGGUGUGCAGUGUACUGGAAAGCCUGGAGCAGGAGUAUAAGAGGGAAGAGGACUGGUGUGGCGGGGCUGAUAAGUUGGGCCCAAACAGUGAGUCGGACCAUGUGACUCCCAUGAUCAGCAAACACCUGGAGCAGAAAGAGGCCUUCCUCAAGGCCUGUACGUUAGCCAGACGUAAUGCCGAUGUCUUCUUGAAGUACCUGCACAGGAACAGUGUCAACAUGCCUGGCAUGCUGUCUCACGUCAAAGCUCCCGAGACUCAGGUCAAGAAUAUCUUGAAUGAGUUGCUGCAGAGAGAGAACAGAGUGCUCCACUUCUGGACCAUGAGGAAGAGGAGGCUGGACCAGUGCCAGCAGUAUGUGGUGUUUGAACGCAGCGCCAAACAAGCCCUCGAGUGGAUCCAUGACACUGGUGAGUUCUACCUGUCCACACAUACCUCCACCGGCUCCAGCAUCCACCACACACAGGAGCUGCUGAAAGAGCACGAAGACUUCCAGAUCACAGCCAAGCAAACCAAAGAGCGGGUGAAGCUUUUGAUCCAGCUGGCGGACGGAUUUUGUGACAAAGGCCAUGCCCAUGCCCUGGAGAUAAAGAAAUGGGUCUCUUCAGUGGAUAAGCGCUACCGAGACUUCUCCCUUCGCAUGGACAAGUACCGCACCUGUCUGGAGACAGCACUGGGUAUAUCCUCCGACUCCAACAAGGCCAGCAAAGAGCUCCAACUUGACAUCAUCCCCGCCAGCGCUCCAGGGUCAGAGGUCAGGCUGAGGGAUGCUGCCCAUGAGCUGAACGAGGAGAAGAGGAAGUCUGCUCGGAGGAAAGAGUUUAUAAUGGCUGAGCUGAUUCAAACAGAGAAGGCCUACGUCAGAGACCUGCGAGAAUGUAUGGAUACAUAUCUGUGGGAGAUGACCAGUGGGGUGGAGGAGAUACCACCGGGCAUUGUUAACAAAGAGCACAUCAUCUUUGGCAACAUGCAGGACCUCUACGAGUUUCACCACAAUAUCUUCCUGAAGGAGUUGGAGAAAUAUGAGCAGCUGCCAGAAGAUGUGGGACAUUGUUUUGUCACCUGGGCUGAUAAAUUCCAGAUGUAUGUGAACUACUGUAAGAACAAGCCAGACUCCACUCAGCUGAUCCUGGAGCACGCUGGUCCGUACUUUGACGAGAUCCAACAGAGGCAUCGUCUUGCCAACUCCAUCUCCUCCUACCUGAUCAAACCAGUCCAGAGAAUCACAAAGUACCAGCUGCUCCUCAAGGAGCUGUUGACAUGCUGUGAGGAAGGGAAAGGAGAAAUCAAAGAUGGUCUUGAGGUGAUGCUCAGCGUUCCCAAAAGAGCCAACGACGCCAUGCACCUCUCCAUGCUAGAUGGGUUUGAUGGGAACAUUGACUCCCAGGGUGAGCUGAUUCUUCAAGAGUCCUUCCAGGUGUGGGACCCUAAGACUCUGAUCCGUAAGGGCCGUGACCGGCACCUCUUUCUCUUCGAAAUGUCUCUGGUCUUCAGCAAGGAGGUCAAAGACUCCAAUGGGCGCAGCAAGUACCUCUACAAGAGCAAGUUGUUUACGUCAGAGCUUGGGGUAACAGAGCAUGUCGAGGGAGACCCCUGCAAGUUUGCCCUGUGGGUGGGCAGAACCCCCACCUCUGACAACAAGAUUGUCCUCAAGGCUUCCAGUAUUGAGAACAAGCAAGAUUGGAUCAAACACAUCCGGGAGGUGAUCCAGGAGCGAACUGUCCAUCUACAGGGAGCCUUGAAGGAGCCCAUCCACAUUCCCAAAACUACCGCAGCUAAGCACAAGGGUAGACGGGACGGCGAGGAUCUGGACAGUCAGGGAGACGCCAGCAGUCAACCAGACACCAUCUCUAUUGCCUCACGCACCUCCCAGAAUACACUGGACAGUGACAAGCUGUCCGGGGGCUGUGAGCUGACAGUAGUGAUCCAUGACUUUGUGGCCGGUAACGGCGGAAGUAGCGGUGAGCUGACAGUGCGCCGUGGCCAAACGGUCGAGGUUCUGGAGAGACUCCAUGACAGACCAGACUGGUGCCUGGUCAGGACCACCGACCGCUCCCCAGCACAGGAGGGUCUCGUACCCUGCUCCAUGCUCUGCAUUGCGCAUUCCAGGUCUUCCAUGGAGAUGGAGGGGCUCUUCAAUCACAAAGACACGUUGUCCGUGUCCAGUAAUGAUGCCCUGCAGCCCGGUUCCAGCCACACCCUGGGUCCUCACAGCUCCCCCGGACCCAAACGUCCUGGCAACACGCUGAGGAAGUGGCUGACAAGUCCCGUACGUCGACUGAGCUCCGGAAAAGCUGAUGGCCAUGUAAAGAAGCUGGCCCACAAGCACAAGAAGAACCGUGAUGGCACGAGAAAGAACACAGAUGUAGCUCCCGGCUCGCAGAAGGACUCUGAUGACAGCGCUGCCACGCCACAGGACGAGACCCUAGAAGAGCGUAUGCGUAAUGAAGGGCUGAGCAGUGGUACCCUGUCCAAGUCCUCCUCAUCAGGCAUGCAGAGCUGUGGGGAAGAGGAGGGAGAGGAGGGGGCAGACGCUGUACCUCUACCACCCCCUAUGGCCAUCCAGCAGCACAGCCUGCUGCAGCCUGAUUCCCAGGAUGACAAGGCUGCAUCUCGUCUGUCCGGUCGGCCCAGCAGCUCAGAGACUCCCAGCGCCGCUGAGCUGGUCAGCGCCAUUGAAGAGUUGGUGAAGAGCAAGAUGUCUCUGGAGGAUCGUCCCAGCUCUCUGUCAGUGGAGCAGGGUGACAGCAGCUCCCCCUCCCUCAACCCCUCUGACAACUCCCUGCUCUCCUCUUCCUCGCCCAUUGAUGACGUGGACGAGCGCAAGUCUAGCUUCCUCAAGAGAAGACAUUACAUACUUCUAGAGUUGGUGGAGACUGAGAGAGACUAUGUCAGAGACCUUGGAUCAGUAGUAGAGGGCUACAUGAGCAGGAUGAAGGAGGAAGGAGUUCCAGAUGACAUGAGAGGAAAAGACAAGAUCGUCUUUGGCAACAUCCAUCAGAUCUAUGACUGGCACAAAGACUUCUUCCUGGCUGAGCUGGAGAAGUGCUUGGAGGAUCCUGAAAGGCUGGCUCCUCUGUUUGUCAAGCAGGAGCGGAGGCUGCACAUGUAUAUAGUGUACUGCCAGAACAAACCCAAAUCUGAGCACAUUGUGUCGGAGUACAUUGACACAUACUUUGAAGACUUUAAGCAGCGUAUGGGCCACAGAUUGCAAAUCACAGACCUGCUGAUCAAACCUGUCCAGCGUAUCAUGAAGUACCAGCUAUUACUAAAGGAUCUUCUCAAGGUUUCCAAGAAGGCUGGAGUUGACACAUCAGAACUGGAGAAAGCAGUAGAAGUAAUGUGUGUGGUCCCCAAGCGUUGCAAUGACAUGAUGAACGUUGGACGCCUUCAAGGUUUCGAUGGUAAAAUUGUGGCCCAGGGUAGAUUGCUCCUCCAGGAUACCUUCAUGGUUUCAGACCAGGAUGGAGGUCUUCUGUCCAGAAUGAAGGAAAGGAGAGUCUUCCUCUUUGAGCAGAUCGUCAUCUUCAGUGAGCCCCUGGACAAAAAGAAGGGCUACUCCACCCCUGGCUACCUCUUCAAGAACAGCAUCAAGGUGAGCUGGUUGGGUCUGGAGGAGAACCCAGAUGAUCCCUGUAAAUUCACGCUUAACUCCAGGUCGUCCAGUGGUUGCCAGGAGAAGUACACCCUCCACUCUACCAGUCCCGGAAUCAGUCAGGUCUGGAUCCACCAGGUCAGCCAGAUACUGGAGAACCAGCGUAACUUCCUCAACGCUCUGACAUCUCCGAUAGAGUACCAGAGGAACCACGUGGGGGGCGGUGGGGCAGGUGGCCCUCCGAGCAGUAGCAGCAGCAGUGGUGGAGGCCUGGCAGGGGUUGGCAGCUCCAAUACCUCCAACAUGGGAGGAGGAGGAGGCGGAGGUGGAGGUUCUGGAGGAUCAGGGGGCAACUCCUCUCUCUGUGGCCCCCGCAGCAGACCUUCCCGCAUCCCUCAGCCUUCCUCACGCCUUCCCCAACCCGUCCACCACCACCACCCCCCGGGCCCCGAAGGGCCCGACAGAUCAGCAGGUACGUGGUCACCUUGCCACUUCCAGACCCCUUUGUCCCUCCCCCCUAACCCCUACCCAGACAACGCCACAGAUGGAGAGCUGAUAGCUUCUGAGGUCCCAAAGAUGAGGGUGCUGGAUGGCCCUCAUGGGAGUAACAGUAACAAGCUAACAGGCAGUGCUGAGGGCAGCCCCCGACAGGACUCACGAGGCUGCGAGGACCCCCAGAAACAUCUGACUGCUGGUAUCCCGCAGAUGGUUGUUGCUCCCCUGAAUUUGUCUCUCAGAAAUCCCAAAGUUGGGAUGGUUUCUCCUCUGGUGUGUCCCCAGUCUCCCGGGGGAGACGGAAGCCAGGGGAAGGAGGGUUUCGUCCCUGCCAGCGCAGCCCACAAAGGCAGCUCCUUCUGGCCCGCAGUCCCUGUCAUGCCUCCCUCCCCUGCCAGCCGGCCUGGCUCCUUAUCCUACCCCAGUGAUGGCGGGGGAGGCGGAGACCCUAUAUGCAGAGGAGGCCAUGGGAUGCCUUCUCAUCAUCGUCACUCCACCCACAGUAAGGACAUAGACCGAAUGAGCACUUGCUCCUCCACCAGCGAGCAGUCCAUACACUCCACCCAGAGCAAUGGGAGUGAAAGCAGUAGCAGCAGCAGUGUCUCCACCAUGCUGGUGACUCAGGACUAUGUGGCAGUGAAGGAGGACGAGAUCAGUGUUUUUCAAGGCGAGGUGGUCCAGAUGCUAGCCAGCAACCAACAGAACAUGUUCCUCGUGUACAGGGCGUCCACCGAAAUUUGUCCUGCCGCCGAGGGCUGGAUACCUGGCUACGUACUGGGACACACCUCAGCCUCCAUCACCCCCGAACUCCCCGAAGGAACCAUCAAAAAAUCAUUAUCAUGGCACACAGCUCUCCGUAUCCGCCGCAAGUCUGAGAAGAGGGAUAAGGAGGGCAGGAAGGAUAGCAAGAUGGAGAAUGGUUACCGCAAGUUGCAAGAUGGCCAGGGCAAUAAAGUCUCUGUCAAGCUUCUGAACCCCAACUACAUCUAUGAUGCCCCUCCUGAGUUCUUGGUCCCUGUUAGCAAUGUAAUGUGCGAGAGCGGUGACAGUGUCACUCUGAGGGGUAAGGUGUGCGGUCGACCCCGGGCCGCCACCACCUGGCGGGGACCCGACAAUAGCACUCUGAGCAACAACGGCCACUACAGCAUCACUUACAGUGAGACAGGAGAGGCAGCGCUGCGGAUCCUCAGUGUGUCUGCAGAGGAUGGCGGCAUCUAUACCUGUGUUGCAGCUAAUGCAGGUGGCUCUGUCACCUCCUCUGCCAGCCUACGCAUCUCAGGAAGCCCUAAUGAUGGGAGUGAAGUCCUUUGGAAGAGCGGCUUUGAGUCCUACUACACUGAGAUUACUGAACUGGGAAGGGGCCGUUUCUCAGUGGCCAAACGAUGUGACCAGAGAUGCAGUAAGCGGGCGGUAGUGGCUAAACAUGUCAAUAAGAGACUGCUGCAUAGAGAGCAAGUCCUGCAAGAGAUCAGGCUGUUACAGACUCUGGACCACCCCAACCUAGUCAGGCUGCUGGACACGUAUGAGGUGGCAACAAGCUAUGUGCUCAUACUUGAAAUGGCUGACCAGGGUCGUCUUCUGGACUACAUCGUGAGCUGGGGCAACCUGACAGAGGAGAAGGUGGCUCUGUACCUUAGAGACAUUCUCGGCGCUCUUCACUACCUGCACAGCUGGAGGAUAGCACACCUUGACCUCAAGCCUGAGAACAUCAUGGUGGAGCAUGCCUUUUCCCAGCCAGUUGUCAAGCUGAUAGACUUUGGUGAUGCGGUCCAGCUCAACCCGCCCUUCUCUCACAUCCACUGUCUGCUGGGCAGCCCAGAGUUCUCUGCUCCUGAGGUGGUUCUGGGUCAGCCGAUCUCCCUGAUGUCUGACCUUUGGAGCUUAGGGGUGGUGACAUACGUCAUGCUGAGUGGUGCAUCUCCCUUCCUAGAUGAGAGCGUGGAAGAGACAUGUCUGAACAUCUGCCGACUGGACUUCAGCUUCCCCCAGGACUAUUUCGAGGGUGUGAGCCCGGCUGCCAGGGACUUUGUCCGCCUGCUGCUCAGGAGCGAGCCAGAGCAGAGACCCUCAGCUGCCUGCUGCCUUCAGGAGCCCUGGCUCCAGCCUCAAAACAUGGCCAACCGAGACGCCGGAUCUGCCACCUUGCGUCGUUCCCAGCAGCAGUUGCUGCCGCCACCUCAAAACCACCACGUUGCACAUCUUGACACCUCCAGACUCAUCUCCUUCAUCGAGAGACGGAAACACCAGAACGACGUUCGGCCCAUAGCCACCAUCAAAACCUUCCUGCAAAGCCGCCUGCUCAGCCAGAUCUGAGUGACUGAAGGGAACUACCAGCAAGCCACCUGUGGGUCACUGGGAGCGCUGCCUGAGAUUUGUACCAUCAGGGAGCGGAGCGCUCCCUUUGGAAGGGAUUAACCCCCAUUCACUCAUGCCAAGUGGACAUCACGGCACUGACCUGCAGCCACUGGUACCGGCACUGUCCUGAUCCAGGAUUUCUGUUUCCGUAGCCUUACACAGGAACUGUGUCAGUUCUGUAUUGGUUGAAUUCAGAUCCAUUUGUUUUGGUUGAGUAGUGUGUUAAAAUACAACCUAAUGAGAGGACCACCAGCACCAAAGAGUCUGACGACAAAUGAUCUCCUCCUCCCUCACAAAACCACAAAAUGUCCUACUGCUGCUGACUGAC